AUGGCUGAUAAAGCCAAAGCGGCCGAGGCCAAGGCCAAGGGCAACGUGGAGUUCCAGGCGAAAAACUUCAAGGAGGCCAUCAAGCACUUCACAGAGGCCAUCAAGCAUGACCCCAGCGACCACGUCUUCUUCUCGAACAGGUCUGCAUGCUAUGCAUCUCUCGAGCAGUACGACAAGGCUUUAGAGGACUAG